CCAGCCAGGGUCAACCUCUCUCCAGUGUUACCCUCGACAGCCGACGUUGCAUGUCCCACAGACCGGGGGGGAACAAGACAGUUGUGGAUUCGGUCACUAAGGAAGGAUUGACCAUGAUACCAAUAGCAAGUGGGAGAGAAAAGAGAGUAAAUGGAGAUGAGAGCAGCAGUGGAGGAGCUCGUGGCGGUGGGUGUCGUUUUUCGCCAAGCAGGAUCCACCAGCAAGAAAAGAAGAAAACAAUUCAAUUGCUCUGUUGUUCUUCUGGAGUACUACAAUGCAUCAGUGAAGAAAUGUAAAUCCUUCAAUAUUCUUCCUCUUUGCUUCUCCACGGUACCUGGUGCCUUGAUUGAUCCUAACUCUCAGGAACGCGUGGAUACCCGCCCUCGGAACAUCUACCCAGAAGGUUGGAAACUAUCGAGACAAGCUAAACUUCGCCUUCGGGUGGAAUGGGCGGAGUUGGGUGAUCGAGUAUCUCCACCCCGAAACUCCCAUCCACUAGACUACCAGAAACCAGCCAGAUAUUGUGGCGCAGGGCAAUAAAAGGAUUGAAUUAGGGGCCCCGCUUAGGAGAAGCCCUGGUGUGCCCGGCAUCAACUUGCUGUCUAGUUAUUAGACCAGAUGUCUCUGCAUUGACUCUGAAGGCAAUAUUGUCGAUGACCACAAGAGGCCCCAAAAAGCAGUCAAACCUUGAAUCAGCCAUCCGAAGCAUCCUGCUGCAAUCAUCAGACACCGGAAGUUGCGGGUUGCAGAUAGCCACGGAAGCGCCGCUGCACCCGGCUUCCCUCCACGUUGUGCCCUUCAACAGCAUCCAGGAAGAGUAAGGCAUCUUCGACAUUGGAGCGGAGUACUCCGGCAAAUGUAUUCCGUGAUAGCCCCCGUUAGUUGAG